AUGGCCGGGAUAUUGGGGAGUCGUGGAUUCCAGGACACCGCGCACCGCCCUCUCUGGCCUGGCCGAGAAGCCCUCGCCGCCUCGGGCAGGGCGGGCCCGGCAGCAUGCUCUCCGACCCUGUCCCGCCCCAUUCGUCCGUCCUGCCCCUUUCAUCUCAGUCUCGUCCCGUGCCGUCCCGGAUGGGCGUGCUCUCGGUCACCCGCGGGAAGAAGGCAGGGCCACAGCCAUGUACCCCGCAGGACCAGCACCCGUGGUGACCUCACGGUGGUGGACACAGAGCUGGAGAACGCUGGAAGAACUCCGUCCCACCAGGGCAUGUUGCUGGAGGUGUGCGACGGAAACGCUGGUGGGAUCCAGCGGUGCCAGAUGCCGGGAAGAACCUUGUGGGCAGGGAGCAGCCGUGUAGCCCAGAGCACUCUGGGCAGCGCCUCCCACAGGCGGUUACGCUCAGUCCUGGAUAAAGUGGCACAACAAGAAAGCAAAAUCAUGAGUCAAAAAAAGCACCUGGAAUUGCAGAACACUGAAUCGGGCCUGAAGCCUUUGGCUGAGGAGUGCACCUCAUCUGCCUCUGGGCAUGAAGGUGGUGCCAGGGGCAGGAAGUACUGGAAGAAUUACAGUACCACCAGUGGGAAUGGGACCCGCAGGGAUAGCUGUUCUGAGGAAAAGGAAAGUAUCCAAAGCCCUAAAAGAAAUGUUAUGGUUAAACAACAGCUUGAUCUGGAUAGUGAUGAAGAGGAAAUGAGAGAAUUGAUGGAGAGCUCUUUGGGGUUUUCCAGUGGAAAUUGGAAUCAGAAGGUUCUGUGCAAGACUCCAGUUCCAUCAGGAAGGGCUUCUUCACCUCGUAAAGAAGUUUCACCAGCAGAGUUAUCUAAAGCAUCUUCUUUUCACAACAAAGACUCAGAGAAAAGUAUGUUUGAUAGAGUUAAUUCACCAGCACCUUCACCUGCCAGCAGAAACCUGUCAGAACAUACCAUGAGAUCUCGAUUGAUGUCGUCUUCCAUGAAAGACAAUGUGGUAAAGAUUGCUCUGCCUAAAGCAGGCUACACCAAGCAAAGGCAAGAAUCCCUUGGAAGUGACAGAAGUGAAUUAAAGUCAUUAGAUGAAUUAUUUUCUAAAGGAGCUGAUGCAGAAGAUCCAACCAGCAGCAGCUUGAAGUACUUCGGACUGAAUAUCCUAAGCCUUGAUGAUUUGGCACCAGAUACUACCAGUAAGGCAGCAGAAUUAAAGCAGAAAGGAAAAGACAUUCAGUUUACUCAAGAAUCAAACAAAUACAUGAAAAAAGAUGCAUUGCUAGUGGAAGAGGACCAUGCUGCUCUUAAAAUGACCAGUGUAGUAACUGGUGUGAGUGAUUCUUCUGAAGAGGAUGUUGAAAAAUGCAUCUCUGAAGCUGAAAUCUCUGAACAUUUAAGUGGAGUUUCCUCAGAUUUCCCUCCACACAAACAGGAUUACCUUAAUCAGAAUGAGAGAACUCUUAAUUCAGAAUAUUCUGAAGACUUUGAAAGGUCUCUGUCUGCAAUAGACAGGAAGUCUGUAGAGGGACAUGCUGGGAGCUGCACAUGUUCUGGAGCACACCCAUCAUCCCCGUUGGCCACCCAAGAGCGGCACAGCCAGGGGCACCAAGUGACGGUCACAGAAGCCGCGGUUCAGACAACAGAGCCUCCAUUUGCCUACUGCUGGGCAAAGGCAAACCCCUCUGCAGCGCUUGCCUCAGCUGUUGGAACCAGCUACAUCGAUCCAGUGCCAAUUGCCAGUCACGUGAUCAGCAUGGAGGCAGUAGAAGCACUGACUGCAUACAGCCCCUCGGUUCUCGUUUUACAUGCCAUGUGCAAGCAGCAUGUGAUGCUGACCCAGCAGUUUGUCGAGAACAUUCACCGCCUUCACACAUCCCUCGUGGAGUCAUUAGAGCAUGAGAAGUUCCACUACCAUACCCUGGAAGAGGCUAAAGAGUACAUCAAGAAUCACAAAUCUCCACCUCUAACAAUUGAGCAAGCACUUGAAGAAAUUCAGAGAGCCCAGGAGAAAUAACUGCUUGGACAGUUAUUGAUCUUUAAGUGACAUUUAUAUUUAUAGCUCUAAGGCUGAAACAAGAAACCUUUCCAAGUGGCACAGAUAGAAGGUUAUAAACUGUAGUGGAAGGAUUCGUACAAACUGCUAUGUGAGUAUAAAUCACUUAGUACAAGUUGUUAGUUAUUAUAUACAGUUUACUUUUCUAUACUUGAAUGUUUUACUCAUGUACACAAUACAGGGAUAUGCAGGAACCUUCAAGCCAGACUGUGUCAAUAAAAGAGACAUCAAGACAACACUUCUGUCUAAUGGGACUAUAAUGUCAUCACUAUAAUGGCACACAUUUAUCCAGUGAAUUGUGAGAUCUGUGAUUGCAUUUACAAUUGUGGAAGAAGUGAAUGUCUGAGAAACAUGACAACAG